AAGAGGCGGAUCGUCGUAUUAAGCGCGUGUUUUUCAGUUCGGUCGCGAAUGUCUUUUCAGUAAAGGCGUGUACAGUGUGCGAAUUAUCUGCAGUGCAAAUUGAGCUAGCGACAAACAUCAUUCUUUUAAGCGCCCCGAACGCCUUUCGAAACCUGUGCAAAUUGUGGUUUAGUGGAAAAACGAAGUGAUACAAGAAUUCAGCUGCACCAUGUCGGUGAAUUCGAUUUUGCUGGAUUUUUCGCUCGACCCCGCCCGUAUCAUUGACGAGGUGUCACGCAAGGACAUUGUACAAGUGUGCAAAGAAGGCCUUGAAAAGUAUUUGGCCGAUCUGAAGAUAUCCUACGACAUGCUGACGGCCGAUGGGUACCUGUGCAUCCUCACUGAAGCCGGCACUGGAACCGUUGUGACGAUCCGUAUUUUCGAGCAAGGCCUGAUAACGAUUAACGUCGAAUACUACCGGAAGGAUGGCGAUGAGGCGAAGAUCUCCUUUGAAAAUAUGAAAACGCUAGAAAACGGUUUGCGCAUCAGGCUAGAGGCAAUUCGCUCCAAGCACCUUCCACCAAUAAAACGGGGCAGUAGCGUUGACGUUUACCUAACAAGCUCAGACGAACGUGUCAUCGAGUACGACAUCGACCGGGUGUUGUUCGACAAGCGUUCUGAAUUCCAGAAGAUUCAAAUCGUACACUCGCGAAGCCUCGGCAACAUGUUGGUGUUGGAUGAAUUGCAAAACAUUGCCGAAGCAGAUCUUAUCUAUACCGAAACGUUGAUGUGCCGAGGUGCCGAAAAUUAUGCUGGAAAGGAGAUAUGCAUUCUGGGCGGUGGUGAUGGAGCUUUGCUUUAUGAGCUGCUAAAGGAAGGUCCCAAAUUCGUCGUGAUGCUCGAGAUCGACGAAAUAGUCAUGCAGGCGUGCAAUAAAUAUAUGAACUCCAUCUGUGGCGAAGUGCUGGAGAAGCGCAUGGACGACAAUUACGAGAUUAUCGUCGGAGAUUGUAUGGUGUACCUGAAGAAGUACAUUAAGGAGGAACGCAAGUUUGAUUACGUGUUUGGCGAUCUGACUGACAUACCGAUCUCCGACACACCGACCGGAGAGAUAUGGGAUUUUAUACGCUUGAUCUUGGAAUCGUCUUUCCAGGUGCUUAAGCCAGACGGAAAGUUUAUGACUCACGGUAACGGUGUCAGCUGCCCGGAAUCGCUCCGAAUGUACGAGGAUCAGCUCGCAAAGCUAACGCCAAAGGUUAAGUACACUAAGAGUUCGGCAUUCGUACCAUCAUUUAUGGAGGAAUGGGUGUUCUACCAGGUGCAACGUGAGGUCGCUAGUGCCACCGAAAGCGUUUGACUUUGUUUCAUCAAAAUCACCGCCACCACAAUUGAUCUAACGCCGCUAAUGUUAUUGGUAGUUAUAGCCCUAGACAUGUUUCUUCCGCUAACGAUGCAUUUGACACACGCGAUCGCGAGUAGCACCAGUAGAAUCGAAUCACGAUAGCAGCACAAUUAAAAAGCAGUACAUCGUAGCAAUAAUUAAUACUUCUUAUUUAAGCUACUUAAUGCAACAACUUGUUGGAAAACAAGACAUUGAACAAUGAAACGCGUGUAUGGCAGAGCUUUACCAAAGUUUGUUCAGAGAUAAAACGAAAUAGGAGAUUGAGAAGCGCAAAAACUGUAGGUUCAGCAAAGUUACUUGAUCUUCCUAUUUUCUUCCUGCUUGGACAAUGAUAGCAGAGAACGAUGGAUGGAAUCACGUAUAGGUACAGUGCUGUUGCAGCGAAUAGGAGCGAUAGGAACGAAAGCAUUAAUCUCAACUACUGUUUCGAGUAAGUGACACCGAUAAACAUAGUUUAACCUGUUUGCUCAUAUUAAUUUAUAUGUAACUCAACACGGUACGAAAUGCUACUUACGUUUGUUUUCUCAUACAAAUACACAAGCGUGUGUAUUUUAUAGUAUGCAUCAAUUAAACGUAUUAAAGUACUUUGCGAAGCGAAAGCAUAGAGGCAAGAAAUCAUGCUGAGUAAGAGAUAGUUUUAGUUAGACAUGAGUUUCUUAUUUAAUUUUAAUGUUGACUCUACAGAGUGUACUUACGAAAGUGAAGUUGUUGGUUACAUGUAGGUUGUCCAAACAAAUUGCCAUUUAUGAAAUAUAAUUGAUUAGAAAGCAAACGAGUGUGUUCCUUCUAAGUCAAAAUAAAAUUCGGUGAGU